GCUAAAUUUAGAAAAGAUUUUCGACUAGUUCGAUACCUUAAAGUGCUCACUAAUUGCCAGUAGGUUAUUUAAACUCGUAAACAGGUCGGUAGUCAGUUAUUUGUGUUGUUUAAACAAGUUAACCUGUAAUCAAUGCAAAACUCUUAACAAAAACACAGAUGAAGCGUGUUAAGCAGACGGUGCGUUUAUUGGACACGUUAUGAAUAUGGCAUUAACGACAAGUAGGCAGCAUUCGAAAUCCUUCGCCGACACGAACCUGAAUAUGCUUGAGAGCGACUUUCUCUGUGACGUCACAUUUGCAGCCGGAAACGAACAACAACUAAUAAAAUGUCACAAGUUCAUUCUUGCCAGCCGCAGUCCGGUGUUUCACGCCAUGUUUUGUGGUCCACUUGCUGAAUCAAGUGACGUCAUCUACGUUCCAGAUAUAGAACCAUCUACAUUUGAGGAUUUAUUACGCUAUGUGUACACCGGCAAUGUCUCAAUAAAGGCUGAUACAGUUAUGAGUGUAUUGUACGCUGCAAAGAAAUACGAUGUUCGUGGACUUGAAUCUAAAUGCAAAUCAUUCUUGAUUGACAACAUGGACUCUGAAAAUGUGUGCAUAAUUCUCGACCAAUCCGUUGUUUUUAACGAUGAAGAUCUGAAAGAUACAAGUUUAGAAUUUAUUAUGGACCAGUACGAGAAUGUUUUGAACUCACGAGCAUUUGUUCGAAUGUCAAAAUUGGGCUUAGGAGAAGUUUUGAAACUAAAAACGUUUAACACCAAACAGUAUGAACUAUAUUUUGCGUGUAAACGAUGGGUAACUGAAAUAUAUAGCGAGGCGGGCAUACAUGUUACUAAUGAACAUAUCCGGCAGGAGUUGGGGGAUGAACUUAUCAGCUUGAUAAACUUCCCGGCCUUGACCUUAGACGAGUGUGCGGAUAUUGUAUAUUCUGAAAACAGAGAUAGUGAACUUGGUGUUGAAAGCAAGAAAAUGUCGCACAAUGCAUUAACAGAUAACGAGACAUACACCUGUGUUUUAUUGUGAUUUAUAAAACAACAAUUUGUGGAUAUAUGAUGUAACUAUGUCGCGAACUGAUUUCAACGUUGAUUCAAGUAAACAAAGAACUGACGUUUUGAGGGAGAAGUUUAAUGUUAAUUUGAAAAGAAUGAAAAUAUUCAACUGCGCAAUGCUAUCUAUAGUAUUUAACCGAUGUAUUUUUUAUCAUUUUGUGAAACAUUCUGAAGAAGCAUAUUCGAAUUAAAUAUUUUUUCAAGCA